UCACUUCCUCAUCACUGCAUAUAUAAAUACAGGGAACGCAUAUUGCUUCUAACAGGACAACCGGAGACGAUUAAGAUGGAAUAUUUUAAACUGACAAUCCUUGUCAUCACGGUUUUUAGCGGAUUAAUACUUGGUCCUGUUCAUGGAACUGUUGUUCUCGAUGUACCCGAUGAUGGAUCAUUUGACGGUUUUGUCGAUGGAUUUGGCGGUGGCGGAGGUGGUGGUGGCGGAGGUGGUGGUGGUGGUGGACUAGGUGGCCUUGGUGCGUUAUUGCCCCUGUUAUUGUUACCCUUCUUAGCAUCCGCCUUGUUUCCGGCAGCAGCUCCAGCAGCAGCAGCUCCAGCAGCAGGUGCUGCUGCUGCUGCUCCUAUAGUUAUUGUUGUUCCUGCUGUCACCGCUGCAGCUACUACAGUAAGUGCAGAUACUACUGCAGGUACUACUGUCACGAUGGCAACCACCACAGAUCAAUGAAAAAAAUAAAGAUGUUUGUAUAAUUGCUUUGUUUUCUACACGAAUAAAACGAGAAAGCCGAAUGUGA